CCCUGGAAUAGAGCAAGUAACAUCCCAGGCCACAGUUGUUUAAGCAUCUCAUAAGCUUAAACCAAUAAUCUGCACAGAUAGGAAGUGCAGGCUAGAAGCAACAGGCUGCGAGAGCUAAGAAGAUCUCUUGUUGCCAUGGCUUCCUUCAAGCUGGUACACUUGUGCUUCACAGCCGUGCUGCUCUGUGUUGCCUUCUCCUGUUGCAGAGGGCAGGGAGGAGGUGGCGGCGGUGCCGGAGCAGGAGCAGGAGCAGGAGGCGGAGGGGGGUCGGGCAUCGGCGCAGUAGUACCAGGGACGCAGGACUCGGUCCAGAUCGUGGCGCAAGCCGCUCUCUGCUUUGACAACAGACCAGUGCUCACCGGGUGCCUGCAGGCGAUGGGCAUCAACGCCAGCAGCGGCACCGGCGCGAGCAUGCCGCCGCCUGCUCCGGGCGGCGCGGCGACGGCGAUCAUGUGCAGCCCGCCGUGCUUCGGGCACGUGACCAUGAUGAUGAGCUGCGUCAACGCCAUCUUCGGCAACUUCGUCAGCUACAACCCCGGCCUCAUGCAGGGCGUCCAGGCCGUCUUCCAGAUGUCCUGCGGCAACGUCAACGGCCCAGGAGGAGCCGGCGGUGCUCCCGGAGGUGGAAUGGGAGGCGGGCCGGCUGGUAACGCUGGCGGUGCCAGUGGGGGAGUUGGAGGCGGGGCUGCCGGUGGCAUUCCUAACGGCAUCGGCGGGCCCGGUGGCAUUCCUAACAGCAUGGGCGGUGCCGCCGGCGGAGGCGGUGGCACGUCCGGUGCCAGCGGUGGAGGUGCCAGUGGCACUACGAACACCAUCGGCGGGGCCGCGGGCGGAGGUGCCGGCGGAACUAGCGGCGGGGCUGGAGGCGGCAACGACACUACCAACGGCGGCGCUGCCACCGGUGCCAUCGGCAGCGGCAACAUCACAAGCGUUUCACCCAAUGCAGGCUCGCACGUGGCGGUGAGCAACCAAAGCCAGCCGACCAGCGGCGCGGACGGGCCCACUCUCAGCCUCAAGGGCGGCUGCUCCUCCGCCGUGCUGGCGAUCUGGGCCGGCGCAUGGCUGGUGCUCUUCUAGGUCUGACAGCAACGGCGACGGGCACGCUGCAGCGGCUGUGAUCUCGUUUCUUCUCCGGAUGACAUACUAGAGUGUUGAUUUUAUCACCGUCAGUGAGCAAGGCUGGAUGAUCUUAUAUGUAACCGCAACGCCUGAUUCCCUCGUCUUGAUGAAUGAUGUCUUUGCACGUGUUGUUUUCAGCCUCCUUAUGUUGAUGGCUUUUGUUCAAAAAAAAAAAGAUGUUGAUGGCCUGGUUGUACUUGAUCA